AUGCUGAGCACCACCCGACCACUGCUGCUGCUAGCAGCGGCGCUGCUGCUGCUGCUGGUUUCUUGCAGGGAAUUUGCUGCUGCUGAAGAGUCUCUCCCGUCUCGUUUCUUGAGUGCAGCAACAGAAGAUGCAGCGAUUGCGCUGCUGAAGCAGCAGCAGCUGCAGCGGCAGCAGCAGCAGCAGCAGCAGGAAGACCAGCAGCAGCGAAGGCAGCAGGAGCAGCAAUUGGGGGAAGAUGCAGAGUUUGCUCUAAGCAAAGGCUGGUGGAAGCUUGCCCAGGAGCUCAUCCUUGAGUCUCAUGUCUUGGACGUGGACGUGGGUUACCGCGUUCGGCGCUUAGUGACGGGAAUAAGAAAUCAAUUGGCGGAGAUUGAGAGGCUGCUGAGCAAGCAGCACGACGCAAUCGCAGUGUACGGACACCAGCAGCAGCAGCUGCAGCUGCAGCAGCAGCAGCAACAGCAGCAGCAGUAG